AUGGCUGGCAAAUCAACGCAGACGCCCAUCUCUCUGGACGCGUCCAUUGGCUCGGGUCAAAGUGUCCUUGGCUACUUUGUACAAUAUGACGUGACGCUCAAGUGCCCGAUCACAUCCCGCGCCUGGACCAUCCACAAACGCUACUCGCAGCUGCUCCAGUUUCGAUCGCAGUUGGCAAAGCUCCACGCUGCGUCUUCGUCUCCUUCACUUGCCCACGUUCUCAAGCUGCCCUUUCCCAAGAAGGCACUCGACUCGGAGAAGCCGAGCGUCAUUGCCGAGCGCAUGCAGCGCUUCCAGAUCUUUGUCGAGCACGUCUGGAGCUUGUACGCGAGCUGCGUGGUGCCGAUGGAUGGCGCGCCAGAAGACGCCGCCGUUGUCGCGUGUCUGCGCGAGUUUCUGAGUGUACCUGAGGCCGUGCUGGCGAUUUCAAUACGCCACAUGAAAGAGACGCCCCAGGACAUGGACCCGUGCGUGGUGUGCUUGGGCGAGUUUGACGUUGACGCCUUUUGCGGUCCGUCGACAGUGCUUGCGCUGACCAACAUGUCCGACGUGCCGGUCUGA